GGGCGCGCAGCGGGGUGCCGGGGACCCUGCGAGGGACCCGGGGCAGGCGGGAGGCGCGCAGUGUGCGCGCCGGGGUGGGGGGCGCCGUGAUGGACUGCACUUUUGAAGAUAUGCUUCAGCUGAUCAACAACCAGGACAGUGACUUCCCUAGUCUCUUUGACUCUAGCUAUGGCAGGGCUGCACCCACGUUCCAGGAUGUUGGCUCUUCUGGGGGCCUGUCCCCACCCCCCAGCUCUCUCAGCUCCACCCUCGACAACUUCUUGGGGAGCACCAAGGUGCCCACCCACGUAAAGAUGUACCAGUCACCACCUCCUCCCCCUCCUGCAAUGACCAGCUUCCAGCCCCCACAGCUGAUAGCAGGGCCUGACCUGAGCCAGGCCUCGCCGGGCAUCAAGGAGGAGUCCAUGCAGCUUUCCAUCCUGCAGCCUUCUCUUCCUCAGCUGCUCUCCCAGCCUGUGCUGCCAGCUCCGCUGGUACCACCACCACCUCCCCCAUCCCAGCCCCAGCUGCAGUCUCAGCUGCCAUCCCAGCCCCAGCCCCAGUCCCAGCCCCAGCCCCAGCCUCAGCCUCAGCCUCAGCCUCAGCCUCAGCCCCAAUCUCAACUACAGCCACCACAGCCACAGCCACAGCCACAGGAGUUACAGCCACCAGGAGUCAUGGUGCCCCAGAGUUUUGCUCCUCCUUCCCAGCCUCAGUUUACCUCUCCAACUCUACUGGACUACCAGGGCCAGGGCAGUUUCCCAGCAGCUGCUCCUUCUGGUAAUGUCCAGCAGCCCUUGUCCAACCAGCCCCUGUCUCCUCAAGGGUCAUUGCCAGUUACCAUCCAAGCCCAGGUUCAGAAUAUCUGCCCACAGCAGUUGCUGACAGCACCUGCCCAGGUUGUGUCCUCCCAGAUUCAGCAGGUCCCAGUCCUACUCCAGCCUCACUUCAUCAAGGCUGAUUCACUGGUCCUGACAGCUGUGAAGACUGAUGUGGGCACGGGAGUGAAGACCUCAGGGGUCAAUACGUUGGCCACCACCACAGCGGUGCAGUCCACCCCCCUGCAGGUCCCGACCCUGGUGAGUGGAGGCACCAUUUUAGCCACCGUGCCCCUGGUGGUAGAUGCUGACAAGCUGCCCAUCAAUCGCCUUGCCGCCACGGCCAAGACCCCCAGCUCCCAGAGCAAAGGGGAGAAGAGAACAGCUCACAAUGCUAUUGAGAAACGUUAUCGAUCCUCUAUCAAUGACAAGAUUGUGGAACUCAAAGACCUGGUGGUGGGGACUGAGGCCAAGCUGAACAAAUCAGCCAUCCUGAGAAAGGCCAUUGACUACAUCCGAUUCCUGCAGCAGACCAAUCAGAAGCUAAAGCAAGAGAACUUAACUCUCAGGAUGGCCAUGCAGAAGAACAAGUCCCUGAAAGACCUGGUAUCCUCAUCAUGCAAUAGUGGGAGCAUGGACAUACCAAUGGAGAUCAUCAAGCCAGAGAUGGUGGAUGCGCUGACCCCGCCACCCUCCGAUGCUGGCUCCCCCUCCCACAGCAGCCCUCUGUCCUUGGGUGGUGGGGGCAGUGGCAACAGCAGUGACUCAGAGCCUGACAGCCCCAUCUUUGAAGACCGCAAGGUGAAACAGGAACAGCUCCCCUCCCCCAGCAGCCUGGGCAUGCUGGACCGAUCACGGUUGGCCCUGUGUGCCUUUGUCUUCCUCUGCCUUUCUUGCAACCCAUUGGCCUCCCUUCUGGGCAGAAACAGUGGCCAGAGCCAGGCUGACACCACCACCAUCUACCACAUGCCCGGACGCAGCAUGCUAGGCACGGAGGGCAAAGGUAGUCCCAGCUGGUCUCAGUGGCUGCUGCCCACUUUGUUUUUCUGGAUGCUUAAUCUGUUGGUGAUCCUGGCGGCCUUCAUCCGCCUUUUCAUCUAUGGCGAGCCCAUCACCAGACCCCACUCAGGACCCUCGGUCUUGUUUUGGAGACACCGCAAGCAGGCUGAUUUGGAUCUGGCCCGGGGGGACUUUGCACAGGCCUCGCAGAACCUGUGGCUGGCCCUCCGAGCCCUAGGCCGGCCUCUGCCCACCUCCCAUUUGGACCUGGCCUGCAGUCUCCUCUGGAAUCUCAUCCGCCACUUCCUUCAGCGUCUCUGGGUGGGACGCUGGCUGGCCGACCGGGCCGGGGGCCUCCUGCGUGAUCGGGAGCUGCAGGCUGAUGUCAGAGCUAGCUCCAGGGACGCAGCCCUUGUCUACCAUAAGUUACACCAGCUGCAUAUGACAGGGAAGUACACCAGCGGUCACUUUGCUGCCAUCAACCUGGCAUUGAAUGCCCUCAACUUGGCUGAAUGUGCAGGCAGUUCCAUCUCCGUGGCAACCUUAGCCGAGAUCUAUGUGGCUGUCGCACUCCGGGUCAAGACGAGUUUUCCUCGGGCCCUCCAUUUCCUGACGCGCUUCUUCCUGAGUAGUGCCCGCCAGGUGUGCCUUGCCCAGAGUGGCACCAUGCCCUCUGCCAUGCAGUGGCUUUGCCAUCCUGUGGGGCAUCGCUUCUUUGUGGACGGGGACUGGGCAGUGAGGAGCACCCCCAGGGAGAGUCUCUACAGCUCCCCCGGGAACUCAGUGGAUCCCCUGGCCCAGGUGACACAGCUGUUUCGGGAGCAUCUGUUGGAGAAAGCCCUGGGCUGUGUGGCCAAGCCUGAACAGACCCUGGCUUCAGCAGAUGGGGACAGGGAGUUCUCUGAUGCCCUCGAGUACCUGCAGCUGCUGAAUGGCUGCUCUGAUGCUGCCGGGGCCCCUGCCCUCAACUUCUCCAUCAGUUCAAGCAUGGCCACUACCACCGGUACUGACCUUGUGGCCAAGUGGUGGGCGUCCCUCAUUACGGUGGUAAUUCACUGGCUCCAGCGGGAUGAUGAGGGGGCAGAGUCUCUCUACCCAAUGGUGGAAUACAUGCCCAAAGUCCUACAGGCUUCUGAGAAGCCCCUGCCUCGGGCAGCCCUGCACUCCUUCAAGGCAGCAAGGACACUUCUGGGGAGACAGAAGCAGGAGCUUGGUCAGGCCAGCCUGAGUCAAUGCGAGAAGGCCAGCAGCUAUCUGCGGGACAGCCUGACCACGGGGCCCUCUGCAGCCACUGCUGGCACUUCUAUUGACAAGGCCAUCCAGCUCCUCCUGUGUGAUCUUCUCCUGGUGACGCGCACUAGUCUGUGGCAGCAGCAGGUGGGCGCUGCUCAGCCCUCCAGCUGUGGCUACCAGGCCUCAGCCCUGGAACUUAGAGGUUUCCAGCAGGACCUCAGCAGUCUUCGGCGUUUGGCACAGUCCUUCCGGCCUGCCAUGAGAAGGGUCUUCUUGCACGAAGCUACGGCCCGGCUGAUGGCUGGAGCCAGCCCCACUCGGACUCACCAACUCCUGGACCGAAGCCUGAGGAGAAGGGCGGCCCCGAGCAACAAAGGAUCAGGUGAGCUGGAGACGCGGCCCACUCAGAGGGAACAUGCAGAGGCCCUGCUGCUUGCCUGCUGCUAUCUGCCCCCGACCUUCCUGUCAGCGCCGGGCCAACGAGUGGGAAUGCUGGCCGAGGCUGCCCGAACCCUGGAGAAGCUGGGAGACAAGAGGAUGCUGCAUGACUGCCAGCAGAUGAUCAUCAGGCUGGGCAGCGGGACCACCGUUACCUCCGGGUAGCCUCUCCAGAACCCCAGCCAGAUGACUGUCCCAGACCACCCAGUCUCCCUGAAGCUUUCAGCCAUCUAGGACCACCCUGGGAUCUCUCUGCUUGCUUGGGUCCUAGUCAGGGACUAGGGCUUAGAACCUUGUCAUCAUGGCAACGUCACCAAGGCCUCCUGGUAACUAGGGUUCCAGAGAUACAGCAGGACAUGGAUGGAGGUGGACAAGGUGACCUCUUUCCCUUCUCUUCCUCAGUCACAGACCUGGAAGCCUCCCCCCCCCCAUCCACCAGCCUGAUACCAAUAGGAGCCAGCAUGACACUAGACCCUUUUUCAUUCAAAACCGCCUUUCCCCACCCCUGACCUUGAGAAGCCAUGGAGUAUAAUGGGGGAAAAAACCGGAUUUAGAGUCAGGAUCAAGGUU